UGAUGUGAGCUGACCCAACUCGCCACAGACCCGCUAAGUACGAUCAUGAGAGACCAGGCCGAAGAAUAAAGACGUUAAAGCUACGCAUCUUGGAAAUGUUAUGUACGCAAUAGAACCGACAUUUCAGAACCAUCGCAUGUUAAGGGAUUACGGGAUUACUUCUUCUGUAAAGACUUGGAAGCGGACCUGCUGCCCCACUGAAGACAGAUAAGAGCCGUUCCCAACUGAAGUGCUAUGGCCCCUGCUGCAGUGAGGAGUCCUAGCCUCAGGCCUUCCUAGUGGACAUUGAGCUAUCAUCGCACACGUGUGUAGGCCAGGGCCAGGCCAGGGUCAGACUCCCGGAGCUGGGAUGAUCACCUCCCACAUGAACGGAGGACCCGGAUAUGUAAUAGAGGACCCAAUGGGGCCUGUGAGUGGCACAGAGGGUCCUGGGAGUGGAGCCAAGCUGCAGCAGAGGGAGAGGGCUGUGGACUGCCCCCCUGGGGACAAGGUGGUGGGGACUGGGAGCAGCGUUGUGCAGGGUUCCCGGUGCAGCGCCCAGAUGGAGAGGAUCCAGCGGUACCAGGAAGAGCUGAGGAGGAAGAGGGAGGCGGACGCCAACAAAGGGAAGCAUGAGAUCGAUCUCAACGCCUCGCUCAGGCUCAAGAAGUUGGCCCAGAACCCAGCCAAGACGGGUAUCGACAACCCUACGUUCGAAGCGCCUAAGGCGGGCAAGGAGACCAAGGAUGGGAGCCCCCCGCUUGGCAGGGACACGGUUGUGGAGCUGGAGGAGCUGCUGGAGGCCCUGCGGCGGGUGCAGAGCUGCCUGGUGGAUGCCCAGUCGCAGGCCGACGUGGCUCUGGUGCUGGGCCUGCUGCACAAGGAGGACUUCCAGAGCGCCUUCGCCAUCCACAGCGCCGUGGCCCAGCAGAUGCAGCCGCGUGGCAGCCCGGCCUUGCCCCUCACCGCCCAGGCCCGCAGCCUUUAUCAGGAGGUGCAAUGCAUCCUACAGUCCAGUCACCAGGAGGAAGGUGUAGAGCUCAGGAACCUACUCACCACCCCCCACUUCCAGGCUCUGAUGCAGGCCCAUGACAGUGUGGCGGAGCAGGAGUUGGAGCCGGACCCAGAAGAGAGAUUGAUUCAGUACCUGGGUGAGACCGUCAAACUGGUGCGGCUGGAGAAGGCCAGCGACAUUCCUCUGGGCGCCACGGUUCGUAACGAGAUGGACAGCGUGGUGGUGAGUCGUGUGGUAAAGGGCGGGACAGCCGAGCGGAGCGGUCUCCUGGCUGAGGGAGAUGAGAUCCUGGAGAUCAACGGCGUGCCUGUCCGUGGGAAGAACGUCAACGAGGUCCACGACCUUCUGGUGGAGAUGCAGGGUACUCUGACCUUCCUCCUUAUCCCCAGUUCUCAGAACAAAAUACCCUCACACAGGCAGACUGUGAUGCACGUGAGGGCUUACUUUAACUACGACCCGUCUGAUGACCCGUACGUGCCGUGCAGGGAGCUGGGCCUGUCCUUCCAAAAGGGAGACAUCCUCCACAUCAUCAGCCAGGAUGACCCCAGCUGGUGGCAGGCCUACAGGGACGGGGAUGAGGACAACCAGCCCCUAGCCGGGCUAGUACCAGGGAAGAGCUUCCAGCAGCAGAGAGAAGCUAUGAAGAAAACCAUUGUGGACAGGAAUCCUGACAGCCCAGGGAAGCUUUGGUGUGCAAAGAAGAACAAGAAGCAGAGGAAGAAAACCAUGUACAACCCCAAUAGGAACGUUGACUACUACGCCGAUGAAAUCCUGACCUAUGAGGAGAUGGCACUCUACCACCAGCCGGCCAAUCGCAAGCGACCUAUCGCCCUGAUUGGUCCGCCCAACAGCGGGCAGGACGAGCUGCGGCAAAGGCUGCUGUCCAUCGAGCCGGACAGGUUCGCCGGCGCCGUGCCACAUACAACUAGAAACCCACGCAUACAUGAGAAGAACGGGAGGGAAUACCACUUUGUAAAUCAGCUGGCGUUUGAGGCGGAUGUGGCAGCGGGGAAGUUCAUUGAGUCUGGGGAGUACGAAAGGAACCUGUACGGCACCAGCAGUGACUCGGUUCGACAGGUCAUAAACUCAGGCAGGAUCGGUCUGCUGUGCCUGCACACUAAGUCACUGCGGGUCCUGCGGUCCUCCAACCUCAAGCCCUAUGUGAUCUUCAUUGCGCCUCCCUCUCAGGAGCGAUUGCGCACCCUGCUGGCCAAGGAUGGCAAAAACCCAAAGCCAGAGGAGCUGAAGGAGCUGAUUGAGAAGGCCCGGGAGAUGGAGCAGGCCUACGGCCACCUGUUUGACGCGGCCAUUGUUAACGGCGAGCCAGACACGGCCUUCCACGAGCUCCUGCGGCUCAUCAACAAGCUGGACACGGAGCCCCAGUGGGUGCCCUCCUCCUGGCUGUGCUAGGGGUAAGAGGUCAGGGUUGAGGGGUCAACCUAGCGUUCAACUCCAGGGAGCCACAGGAAGGAGAGUUUGGCCUGGGUUGUGAUCAUUAGGCACCAAAUGGAAGAAAACGUAUUGAAACAGGAAGGGAAUACCUGGACUUAUCCAAUAAGAACCAUUUGUUUUAGUUUUUCCUAGAAAAAUGUUUUAACACAUUUGACAACGGUGUAUCCUAAUGAACAUGACCCAUAACACGGCUCUGGAGGAACGACCCUGUCACGAUCGUGUGGCGGAUUGACGGACCAAAAUGCAGCAGUUGGAAAAUAAGCCAUCUUCUUUUAUUUUAAAAGAUGACAAACAAUAAACACGAAACACUUAAACAAAAUAACAAAACGACCGUGAAGCUACAAACGUUGUGCACAUACAUACAGGCUACAAACGUUCUACAUAGACAAUUACUCACAACCAAUGAGAGCCUAUGGCUACCCUAAAUAAGGCUCCCAAUCAGAGACAACCGAAAUCAGCUGUCUCUAAUUGGGAACUCAUUCAGGUAACCAUAGACUCUCCUAGACAACUAAACAUACAUAGACAACGCUAGACAUCUACACUCAACACAAACCCAUAUACUACACCCCAUAACCCCUUUACCAUAUAAACACCCAAAACUAACAAAACAUAAACAUUCCCCAUGUCACACCCUGACCUAACUAAAAUAAUCAAGAAAACAAAGAAUACUAAGGCCAGGGCGUGACAGACCCUAAAAGGAAGGAUGGACAAUGAUGAUUGAGGCCACCGUUAGACCAUUGUGGAGCCUCGCAGACACAAAAUAGAGGGCCAAUUCAUUUUUGCCAGAAAGGGUAACUUGUCCUUUAUCUAGCCAUCUUGUGAAAGUUGGAGUUUACUUCAUUUGCAGGACGGACUUUUUAUUAUAAGUGUUUUUUUCUGUGUUCGUCUUUGUGAAUGUUCUUUUGGGUUUUUGUCAAUGUCGGCACCAUUCCAGAUUCCAGUAGCAUAUGCAAAGACAUUUAUACAAAACUGUAGAAAACAUAUUUCCAUUUUAUUCUACUCUAAAUAGCUAUUUAUGAUUGUAAAUAUCUAUUUUUAGAUGAAAUGGCAAACAAAUGUGAUUUACCAUUACCUCAGACCCAGUCUAAUAAUGUAUGGUUUGUUUGUAUGUGGUAUACAAGACUGGAACUGUCUGUCUCAAUUGAGGACCAAUUUGCUCCUGGGGAACUAUGUAACUUUCUCCUAGAAGUAGGAACCAAAGAGAAAGCCGUUGUAUUCUAAAGAUGGGUAAAGGUACUUGCUGUGUAUCAAUGAUAGUAUUAUGUUGUGUUAUCUUGAGUUGCUGCAUUUGUACAUCAAAAACAGACCUCAAGAAUCAUUGAUCAUCAGUAAAGAUGACCCCAGUAUCCAUUGUCUAGUGUACCUAGUGUCUACCUACAGACAUGAAGUGUGAAAACAACAUAUCAAUUUAGCAUCAUUUAAUCUGACCAACUUUUAUUUUCUUUGGUACUUUAUAAGCACAGCUCAAAAGAAGCCAUCUUCAAUAUAAUGAAUAUUCCUGAUGAGAAUUGUUUCAAAAUGGUGGACAUUAA